AUGCGCGUUCUUAAUUUAUUUGCGCCUGUUGCCGUUCUAGUCGCUGGUGUUCUCGCACAGACUAAUCCUGCAUCAGUCCUUGCUCAGAUCCCCGCAUGCACUCAAGAAUGCGGCGUCAAAGUGCUGGUGCCAGCACAAUGCCCAUUGACAGACCUAGCAAACUGUCUCUGCACAAAUACCACCUUACAGUCAACAUUUGCUCUCUGCAUAGUAGGCUCAUGCGGCGUCGCCGACCAAUUCAAAUCUACGACCCUCCUUCAAACUGAAAUUUGCAAGGAUGUCCCGAAACAAUCACGAAGCGCCGAAAUUAUACGAGAUGUUAUCAUUAUCUCAGCCUUUACCUUCGUGAUAGUCGGGCUGAGGUUUUAUUCGCGGGCUCUUGUAACGAGCAAGUUGUGGUGGGAUGAUUGGGCUAUUGUAUUUGCAGCUAUCCUCAUGAUUCCGAUGACAAUCAUUCCGAUAUUGAAUGCUACACGCGGCCUCGGGGAACACUUCUGGGACGUCCCACCUCAAAAUUUAGAGAUGCUCGGAAAGCUCUAUUACAUCUCGCAGAUAUUAUACUUUGUCGUACAAGCCCUAGCGAAAAUUUCCAUCCUCUUGCUCUUCCUCCGCGUUUUUCCUAGCCAGAAAUUCCGCCUUGUUGUAAAGAUAUCGACAGCAUGGAUGGUUGGCCAGACUUUCGCGUUUGUGAUAGUCGUAGCAUUUCAAUGCUUGCCUGUCAAAUCGGUCUGGGAUCACUCAAUACAUGGAAAGUGCGCUAACUCUGAGGUGUUCGCCUAUACGGUUGCUGGGUUCAGCAUUUUCGAGGACUUUGUCAUUAUGUUGCUCCCUAUCUGGGAGCUGAAGGACUUGAGUUUGAACUUCAAGAAGAAGGUCGCUCUGAUAUUUCUGUUUUCUCUUGGAUCUUUCGCAUGUAUCACCAGUAUGAUCCGAGUCAAAUGUCUCGUCGCCUAUAGCAAUUCUGUUGAUGUAUCAUACAACGCCGUUGAUAUGAUUUUAUGGAGUGUGCUCGAAGAUUAUGUGGCAGUUAUCUGUGCCAGCCUGAUGUGUCUUCGGCCUCUGUUUGUUAGGUUCUUUCCCUCGGUGUUCCCAAGUAGCAACAACGAAUGCAAGAACACUCAGAAUCAAGGAUGGGCCCAAGCAAGGAAUUCAAAGUUGGCAAGCAAGCUGGGAGUGGGUUCCAGGGGAUACGAGCUGCAGAGCGAGGACGGCGGGGCAAAAGAAAGACUCGAGCAGGGUAUCCGGGUGCAAAAGGCGUGGAGAACGAAAAGCAACAGUGCUGUGACUAAUGAUGAAGAGUUGUUGGUUUGCAGCUAGGAAAUGGGACGGUUUGUGGAGGCG